AUGGCAAACACGCUCUCCACCAACGCCGCUAGGGUCGCUAGGCUCCGUGAGGUCAUGCGCCAGCAUGGCGUUCAGGCAUACAUCAUUCCUUCGGAGGACGCUCACCAGAGCGAAUACAUCGCCGACGUCGAUGGCCGUCGCGCAUACAUCUCUGGGUUCACUGGUUCCGCUGGAUUGGCGGUUGUGACGUUGAAGGAGGCUGCUCUGUGGACGGACGGUCGUUACUUUCUCCAAGCGUCCCAGCAGCUGGAUUCUGCCAGCUGGACGCUCAUGAAGACGGGACUCCCUGACGUACCCAGCAAGGAGGAAUGGCUCAUGCAGGUUCUGCCAAAGAGCUCUAAGGUUGGGCUGGACCCCAAGCUUAUCACCAUCGCGGCGGCGAAGCAGCUUCGUGAAGCUCUGACAAAGGAGGGACACUCUCUGGAGGCCAUUACGGAGAACCUGAUUGACAAAGUGUGGGGUGCGGAACAACCCGCGCGUCCCGUCAACCCCGUCACCGUUCACUCCGUCGAGUACGCCGGCAAGAGCAGCUCUGACAAGAUCGCCGGCAUCCGGGAGCAGAUCGCUAAGAAGAAGGCUUGGGGAUUCGCCGUCACGGCUUUGGACGAGAUUGCAUGGCUCUUUAACCUCCGCGGUUCCGACAUUGCUUACAACCCUGUCUUUUUUGCUUACGCUCUCAUCACCAAGGAUGAGGCGAUUCUCUACGUCGAUGACGCAAAGCUGUCGAAGGAGGUGAAGGACCACCUCGGAUCAGACGUCACCCUAUGCGCCUACGACGCAAUCUUCACCGACCUGCAAAAGCUCGGCAGCGAAAAAGGCGACCAAAAGCUCGGCCUCGACAGCCGCUGCAGCUGGGCUCUUCAAAACGCGCUCGGAGGCGAAAAACGCACCAUCGAGUUCCGCUCUCCCGUCAUGACCGCCAAAGCGAUCAAAAACGAAGUCGAGCUUGAAGGAUUCCGCCAAUCCCACAUCCGUGACGCCGUGGCGCUAUGCGAGUACUUUGCCUGGCUUGAACGGGAGGUUGUGCAGAAUGGAGGCAAGAUCUCGGAAGUCGAGGCUGCUGACAAGCUUGAAGGGUUCCGAAAGACGAAGAAGGACUUUGUCGGACUGAGCUUUGACACCAUCUCCUCCACUGGCCCCAAUGGCGCUAUCAUCCAUUACAAGCCGGAACCAGAGACCUGUGCUAUCAUCAAGACGGAUCAGCUUUACCUCUGUGAUUCCGGAGCACAGUAUAAGGAUGGAACCACCGAUGUGACGCGUACGCUCUCGCUUAACAAGAAGCCUACGGAGCAUGAGAAGGAUACAUUUACCCGUGUGCUCAAGGGACACAUCCAGCUGGACAUGGCUGUUUUCCCUCGUGGAACUACCGGAUACAUCCUCGAUGUCAUUGCUCGCCAGCCACUGUGGAUGGCCGGUCUGGAUUUCAGGCACGGCACUGGACACGGUGUCGGCGCGUUCUUGAACGUGCAUGAAGGCCCGCACGGAAUCGGAACACGCAUUGGAUACAACGACGUGCCCUUGGAGGCUGGCAUGACGAUUACGAACGAGCCUGGGUACUACGAGGACGGCAACUUCGGUAUCCGGAUUGAGAACAUCCUCCUAAUCCGCGCCGCCUCGACGCCCCAUAACUUCGGCGACCGCGGCUACCUCGGCUUCGAGCACGUCACCCUCGUGCCCAUGCAAGCCGCCCUCAUCGCCACCGACCUGCUCGUCCCAGCCGAACGCGACUGGCUCAACAAGUACCAUAAAAAGUGUUGGGAGAAGGUUAGCCCGUUGUUGGAGGAGGGGAGUGAGGGGUGGAGGUGGUUGAAGGAGAAUACCAAGGAGAUUUAG